CUGAGUUACCAUAGCUGUGUACGGGAAGUAGGCUACUGCUUGAAACGCUAGUUGGGAUGUUAUGACGUAAUGGCCUAACACACCAACGUCCAACAUGGGGAGAGAGAGGAAAUGCAUCCUUUGCCAAACUGUUUACAGCUCCAAACAGGAAAUGGAUGAUCACAUGAGGAGCAUGCUGCAUCAUCGUGAGCUGGAGAACCUGAAAGGCCGGGACUGCGGUCACGAGUGCCGCGCGUGCGGUGUGACGGUGCUGAGCCUGACGGACUACGCGAGCCACAUCUCCAGCCCCGGACACAAGCAGCGCGCGGAGGCCCACGACCGCAGACAUGUGGGGAAGGACCAGGAGGAAGAAUACUUCGACCAGGAGCUGGUGAAGCUGAUAGAGAGGAGGAGGGAACUGAACAGACUAGAGGAACUUGCCUCCAAACGAGCCAAAGAAUUAGCUGCCUCUAAGCUGGCCAUCGAAGAGGCGAAGAGGAAGAAGGAGGAAGAGGAGGAGGAGAGGAGGAGGAAGAUGCAGCAGCUGCAGCAGAGGUGGGAUCAAACCAAGCAGUACGUCCGUCAGAAGGGGGGCUGGAAGCAGAAGAAAUGCCCAGCGACAGCCGUCCAGGCCUGGGGUGGGGCUGGCUUGGAGGGGAGCAGCACCGUGGCUGGCCGGGCAUGGGCCUCCCAGGAGGACCCAAGAACCUGGCACCAGGAGAGCAGACAGGGCAAGAGUGCCACGUGGCAUGCCCAAGAGCCCCCCGACUACCAGACCUGGGAUGGUGGGGAGAGGAGUAGUGGAAGCUUGCACAGUCGUCCUGGCUGGAGUGGCAGUAAGAGGUUGGGUGGUGAGACUCUGUUUGGGCAGCAGUGGCACCCGUCGACCAUUGAGCCUGACCACAUGACGGACUUCACCAGCGACCAGCCGUCUCCAUGGAACUCCUACCAUAACUUUGAGGUUCCGAACCAGGUGAGGAAGGAGGAUUUGGAGUGGAGUCAAGGCAGGCCUCAGAGCCGCGAGGGUCCAAGCCUGGAGCGCAAGAACUUCGGCAGCAACCCCAAACUGGACAAGAGCUGCCGCUGGAGUCCGUAUCCAACUCUCAAAAUCCGGGAGCCGUCGCCUCAUGGGGACGCCCACCCCAGCCCCUCGGAGAAGCUCCCCAGGGGGGCCGCAGCCCCAUGCGAGGACGGGGACCCAGCGCCAGAUGCCCACGCCGCCUCCAGGCUGUCGCGGUGGGACCAGAGGACCAGGCAGAGGCCUGAGGGCAGCCAGAGAAGUAGCAGCAACAGCAGUGCCCAGAGAGACAGCAGCACCUCCUCCACCACCCGCUCUUCCCUCUCCUCCAGACCCAAGCCAGCCAAGCCGGGAGCUCAGCGCCCUGAGAAGAAGCAGCCCUCAGCAUCCAGUUCCAACUCCUCCAGCAGGAGCUCCAGCCAGAACCCUACUCACCACCAGCCCUCGGCCCCCAGUGGCCCCCAGCCCUCGGCCCCCAGUGGCCCCCAGCCUUCAGCCCUGGGUGAGAAGGAGGAGCAGGAGCUGGCGGAGAUGCUGAGGAGGGCCAAGGAGACGCUGCUGGACCGGCCCUCUGGCCGAGGGACAUGGACCAAGCGUCACAACGAGGAGAAACGGGAGGAGACACAAGCGGGGGGGGGCGGAGCACGGAAGAAAGGCACCGCCCAUCGCCAGGAUGGAGCCAACCCACCAGCGAGGCUUUCCCCGGUCACACCUGCCCCAGUCUUACCUGCCCCAGUCUUACCUGCCCCAGUCUUACCUGCCCCAGUUUUACCUGCCCCAGUCUUACCUGCCCCAGUCUUACCUGCCCCAGUCUUACCUGCCCCAGUCUUACCUGCCCCGGUCACACCUGCCCAGGUCUCACCUGCCCCGGUCACACCUGCCCCGGUCUCACCUGCCCCGGUCACACCUGCCCCGGUCACACCUGCCCCGGUCACACCUGCCCCGGUCACACCUGUCCCCGUCACACCUGCCCCCGUCACACCUGCCCCUGUCUCACCUGCCACGGUCAGACGUUCCCUCAGAGGAGGAGAUAAGAAGCAUCCAAAGUUUUGGAGGCCUGUGGUCAACAGCCAGUCAGUCCAGUCAGUUCAGGUCAGCACCUCCAGCAUGGAGGCCCCAGGCAGGGAGGAGGAGGAGUACAGGGAGCGAGGGGAGGAGGAAGGAGGCCUGGCUGCUGUGAGGGAGGCUGUAGACACAGGGCCGGGCUCAGACAGCGACGUCUGUAAGAGCAGGGAAGCCCAGACCACCUCCUCCGCUCCCAGCCUCAAAGCGGGCAUUCCCCCGAGUCUGAAGAGAGACCUGACCAAGCACAUCAGCACCAAGCCCAAGGGCGGGGCGUGCGAGCCCAACCUGAACAUCGCCCGCCGGAUCCGCAGCGUGAGCGGCGCCCGGAGAGCGGAGGCGGAGAAGGACUCGGGCCUGAAGCCCACAGUCAGGCAGCUCAUCAGCUCCUCCGGCUCCCGCAGGAACGUCAACUGGGAGCAGGUCUACCUGGAGGUCUGCAGGAAGAAGCAGCAGCAGGGCAAAGGCCAGCCCAGGUUCGGGAUUGAGAUGGUGUCAUGUGACCAGGAGGGUAUGAGCCAGGAGGAGGAGGACAUUCCUCUGGCGGAGGGUUUCCAAUGGGAGUCUCUGCUAAUAGGCCAUGCCAACAUGGCGCCCGCCCGCCAACGCAGCCUAUCAGAGAGCAGCGUGGCCCCGGAGAGCUCCCUCUUCCCCGGUCUGGAGGAGAGGGCAGCCAGGAAGAUCCAGCUCCGGCCUGGCCGACGCAGCUCCCCCACCACCAUCUCCACCCUGACCCCACACCUGACCCCCACCACCAUCUCCACCCUGACCCCACACCUGACCCCCACCCCCUUCACAACCCUGGCUCCCACCCUGACCUUCACACCUGCAGAUUGGGAAGUAAAAGUCGAGCAGCAGACGGAGGAGGAGACAGACUUGCAGAAUGAGGCCAGACCACAGACAGACCUCCAGGAGCCAGUAGGGGCCCCUCAGGCCCCCGACUCCAUGUUGGGGUACACCAGCUUGGGUACGGAGGCCCCCGGCUCCGGGAAGAAACGCAGGGCCGCCGGGGACAUGCCCUCCCCUGAGAUUCCAAGCCUGGAACGAAAGAACAAGAGGAGGAAAACAAAGUCGAAGAAAGAGCGCCUGCAGGUGGACCAGCUACUGGUCGUGUCUCUGCGUGAGGAGCAGCUCAGCCGGGACCUCCAGGCCGUGGACGACAGCCUGCUGCAGGCCCGCGCUGCCCUGCAGCAGGCCUACCUGGAGGUCCAGAGCCUCAUGGUGCUCAAACAGAAGGUAACCAUGGAGAUGAGUACCCUGAGAAGCAAGCGUAUUGAGCUGCUCCAGGGGAUGCAAGGCGGGUUUGACAGCUCGUCGCCUGAGCUACUGGAGAAGGCCCUGGAUGAGGAGAUGGCCUUAGCUCCAGCAGAUCCACAGACUCCUGCACUGCUCUCCCCCCUGACCAACGCUGCUGUCCCCCUUCCCAGCCCUCAGCCUACACAGGCCCGCCCCUCCUCCGCCCCCAACCUGCCCGUGGUGGUGAAACAGGAGUCCCCCUCCCCUCACAAGGGGGCCACACAGCUGGACCCUGAGGAGAGCACAGUCCCACAUGGGGCCCACAGUACUACCCCAGAACCCACUACCUCUCCCCCAGGUCCUGGUCUCUCCUCCCAGUCUUCUGUCAGGAGACUCAGUGGGGGGUCGUGGGAUGGCAGAGCGAGCCUGCAGGGUAUGAAGGUCCAGUCAGUAGAGAGGGCCGUGCAGACCUCCAGGCCCCUCCCCUCCCCAGAGACCAAGCCCUUCUCCGGCCCCCCCCUGCCCUGCCGGAGGGGCUCCCAGCCCGGGGCCCCGGAGCCCGCUGCCCCUCCCCCUCCAGAGCCGAGGACGGGGAAGCGUGUGAGGAAGCUGAAGAAGAAGAGGGUUCUGAGGCAGGCGCAGGGGCCAGAGCAGGGCCAGAACAGCGACACAGAGCUGGAGGGGGAGUCAUCCUCCCGGCCCCACAGGAGACUCCGCCUACGCAGGAGGCCUGGUGGCGCCCAGGUCAGCACUUCCACGUCCACCACCAUGGAGGGGACAGAGGACGCCUCCGGGCCCCAGUCACCAGCCACCAAACUUGGGAAGGGGGACUCCGACUCCUCCCUGGAGAUGGUGGAAAUCCCCCAAGCUCCCCUGGAGGUGGUGACCCUCGACACGUCUGACCCAGAGGACAGCGGCAUGGACGUCACCCCGGCCUCUCCCCAGCCUCAAAACCCAGCCUCUCCCCAGCCUCAAAACCCAGCCUCUCCCCAGCCUCAAAACCCAGCCUCUCCCCAGCCUCAAAACCCAGCCUCUCCCCAGCCUCAAAACCCAGCCUCUCCCCAGCCUCAAACACCGGCCUCUCCCCAGCCUCUAGCCCCAGCCUUGGCCCCAGCCCCGGCCCCCAGCAUGCUGAAGUCGGAGCCCGAGAAACUGGCCUGCAAUGAGGUGUCGUCCACCAGUGAGAUGGAGGUGUCAUCUAUCAGUGAACUCAAGGUGCUCCUCCCCUUCCUGAAGAUGCCCAAGACGUCCUCGGCGGAGGUGUCGUCAGACGCGGGCGAGGAGGAGGUACCCUCUGAGGGGGUGUUUGAGGGUCACCAUGAGGCUGUGAAUGCCCUCCAGAUCCACGACGGGCUGCUGUACACCUGCUCUGGAGACCGCACUGUCCGUGCCUUCAACCUGGUGAGCCGUAAGUGCGUGGCUGUGCUGGAGGGCCACAGCUCCAAGGUGAACUGUCUGCUGGUGUCGUCUGGACCGGGCCUGCCUCACCGCCUCUACUCUGGCUCCAGCGACCAGACCAUCCGCUGCUACAGCCUCAAGACGAGGGAGUGCGUGGAGCAGUUCUCUCUGCCAGACCGGGUUCUGUGUCUGAUCAGCAAGUGGAAGAUUCUGUAUGCCGGCCUGGCCAACGGCUGUGUGGUCUCCUUCAGCCUAAAGACCAACAGGCAGCUGGACGUGUUUGAGUGCCACGGGCCGCGGGCCGUGAGUUGCCUAGCGACCGCCCAGGAGGGUGCGCGGCGCAUCCUAUUGGUGGGCUCGUACGACAGCACCAUCAGCGUGAGAGACGCCAAGAGCGGACUGAUGCUGCGCAGCCUGGAGGGACACUCCAAGACCGUGCUCUGCAUGAAGGUGGCGAAUGACCUGGUCUUUAGCGGCUCCAGUGACCAGACCGUCCAUGCCCACAACAUCCAUACCGGUCAGCUGGUGAGGAUCUACAAGGGUCACAGCCAUGCGGUCACCGUGGUGACGGUUCUGGGGAAGGUGAUGGUCACCGCCUGCCUGGACAAGCUGGUCCACGUCUACGAGCUGCAGUCCCAUGAGCGCCUGCAGGUGUACGGAGGCCACAGUGACAUGGUCAUGUGUAUGUCCAUCCACAAGAGCAUGAUCUACACAGGCUGUUACGACGGCAGCGUUCAAGCCACCAGACUGAACCUGAUGCAGAACCAUCGCUGCCUGUGGCAUGGCUGCUCCCUGGUAUUCGGGGUGAAGCAGCAUCUCCAGCAGCACCUCCUCAGCGACCACGCCCACCCCUCCCUGCCCAUGCUCAAGUGUCACUGGAGGAACUGUGACGAGUUCUUCUCCACACGCAACGCCUCCAAGCAGAGCGUUCCCAAGCACAUGCAGCACCACGUGGACGAGGCGCAGCUGGAGUCCUGAGGGCCUCCCCUCCCCCAUCUCCUGUCCUCCCCUCUCUCCAUCUCCUCUACUCCCCUCCCCCAUCUCCUGUCCUCCCCUCUCUCCAUCUCCUCUACUCCCC